AUGGAACGCGAAUCGAUUGAGCGAAAUUUCGACGCCUAUGUGACGAAAUUGGGUGAUCCUAAUGUCGAAACCAAAGUAAAAUGCGCUGCUGCGGUUGAGAUCCGCGACACCUUGGAGCACUUAUGCUCGGGCGCUACAUACUCCAUUUUCCUGGCGAAGCUAUGGCCGGCGUUCAAGAAGGUGCUGAAGGGAGAGCCAGUGUUUAUCAGUUUAUCGUUUGAGCAGAAACUGCGGAAUUGUAUCCUGGAGAUCCUCCAUCGUCUGCCUCUAGAGCUUCCGGAAGUCGAACCAUAUGCUGGUGACAUGGUUGACCUGCUUAUAGAGCUUGUCCGAAAUGAGAACGAAGAAAAUGCUGUUAUCUGUAUGAAGACAAUCAUGGACCUACAGCGGCGCCAAGUCAGGGCAACACAAUCGAGAGUUCAAUCAUUUUUGGAGCUCAUCCAGAACAUGUUUGAGGGAAUGCCCCAGGUCGUAAAAGAUACGUUCGAGACGCCGCAGGCUCAGACGUCCACUCCUGGAAUGCCUUCAACACCCAACACAGCAUCCCAGAAUUUCCAGUCUCCACGGCCCAGUUCUCCGGCGACUUCGGUAUCUGAUCUUGGGCCCGAACAGCAGCAACCAAACCAGCUGCUAGCGAAGGGUAUGCACUCGUUCAAGGUCCUUGCGGAGUGUCCCAUCAUUGUCGUCUCAAUCUUUCAGAUACAUCGCAGCUCUGUAACCACCAAUGUGAAGGUGUUUGGUCCUCUGAUUAAAGGAAUAUUACUGCUUCAGGCAAAACCACAAGAGAAAGCUCAUAGUGAUGCAAAAGCUCAGGGGAAAAUUUUCACUGGAGUUAGCAAGGAUAUCAAAAAUAGGGCUGCUUUUGGAGAAUUCAUCACCCUCCAAGUUAAAACCAUGAGCUUCCUUGCAUAUCUGCUUAGAGUGUAUGCAAAUCACCUCCAGGACUUCCUUCCUUCCCUACCUGGAGUUGUGAUUCGUCUGUUGCAAGAUUGCCCCAGAGAGAAAUCGAGUGCGAGGAAGGAACUUCUAGUCGCCAUUCGCCACAUAAUAAAUUUCAAUUAUCGCAAGAUCUUCCUCGAAAAAUUGGAUGACCUUUUAGACGAGCGGACCCUGAUAGGAGAUGGCCUCACUGUCUAUGAAGCUCUCCGGCCGCUGGCGUAUAGCAUGCUAGCCGACCUGAUACACCAUGUGCGAGAAUCGCUCACUCGAGACCAAAUUCGCCGCACUCUCGAAGUUUACACCAAAAAUCUCCAUGAUGACCUCCCAGGAACAAGUUUCCAAGCAAUGAGCGCCAAGCUUCUGCUGAACAUGGCUGAGAAGAUAGCAAGCAUGGAGAAUAAAAAAGAAGCACGGUACUUCUUGAUCAUGAUUCUUGAUGCUAUUGGGGAUAAAUUUGCGUCCAUGAACUACCAGUUCAAAAACGCGGUUAAAGCAUCCAAACUAGUCAAGCAAAACGCCGAUACUUUGGCAGAAGGAUACCUUGCCGACAAGAACAAUCCUCCUGAUUGGGAUGAAAUUGAUAUAUUCACCGCAGCACCGAUCAAAGCUACUAACCCCAGAGAUAGAAAUGCUGACCCUGUUAACGAUAAUAAGUUCUUAUUCAAGACACUUAUCACAGGGCUGAAAGGCCUGUUCUAUCAGCUUAAAAGCUGCAACCCUGAGGAUCUCAAACUGGACCCGUCAUACACACCGGUUAACUGGGCUGAAGUGUCGUUCGGUUAUAACGCUGAAGAAGUCCGCAUCAUCAAGAAACUCUUCCACGAGGGCGCCGGUCUCUUCAGAUAUUAUGGCGCUGAGAACAAGGAGCCUGAGACACAAUAUGCGACUCCCCUUGAAUUCCUCUCUAGUCAGUAUAUGCGACACAUGAGUAGUGAGGAAAAAGAACUCCUUGAAAGUUUUGGGACCAUUUUCCAUUGUGUUGAUACGGCCGCGUUCCAUGAAGUCUUCAAGAGUGAGAUUCCAUAUCUACAUAACCUCAUGUUGGAACAUAGUGCCUUACUUCACCUACCGCAAUUCUUCUUAGCAAGUGAGGCUACUUCUCCGGCUGUUGCUGGAAUGACUCUACAAUACCUCAUGGAACAUAUUCAUGAAGUCGGCUCUUCGGAUGCGGGCAAUUCUCGAAUUCUCCUAAGGAUGUUCAAGCUUUCCUUCAUGGCUGUCACGCUUUUCUCAGCACAGAACGAGCAGGUGCUGCAUCCGCAUGUCACAAAGAUCGUGGCUAAAUGUAUUGAAUAUUCUGUAACCGCAGAAGAACCGAUGAACUAUUUCCUACUCCUUAGGUCGUUAUUCAGAAGUAUUGGCGGAGGGCGUUUUGAGUUGCUUUACAAAGAGCUUCUUCCAUUGCUUGAAAUGUUACUGGAAACGUUCAACAAUCUCCUACUCGGUGCUAGAAAGACACAGGAACGGGAUCUAUACGUUGAACUGACGCUGACUGUGCCCGCACGCCUGAGUCACUUGCUUCCGCAUCUGAGCCAUCUUAUGAGGCCGUUAGUCGUUGCUCUUCGCGCAGGGUCAGAUCUCGUCAGCCAGGGGCUUAGGACUCUUGAACUCUGUGUCGACAAUCUUACCGCAGACUACUUGGACCCUAUUAUGGCUCCGAUAAUGGACGAACUUAUGACCGCACUUUGGGACCAUCUCCGACCCAACCCUUACAGCCACUUUCAUGCCCACACAACAAUGAGGAUUCUUGGGAAACUUGGUGGACGAAAUCGGAAAUUCCUUAACCACCCCCCUGAGCUCUCAUUCCAACAAUACUCUGAUGAUACUCCGAGUAUGGAUGUGAAACUCAUUGGAUCUAGCAAGGAUAGAGCCUUCCCCCUCGAUAUCGGAAUCGACUUGGCAUUAGGCAAAUUGCUAGAAACGAUCCCAGUAAAUGCAUCUGCAACCGUUAAAAAAUCCGAUGUUUUCUACAAGAAACAAGCCUAUCGUAUGCUGAGCUCUCAACUCAAGCUUUACAUUGGCUUUGAACAUCCACCUGAUGACCUCGCGACAAUUUUGCGCCUUCAAGCCAAUGAUCUUGCUGAUGGAAAGUUCUCGGGGACAGUAGACAUCCUGGAAAAAUCUGAUCGUCAAUGCUCUUCCUCGAAGAAACUUGCACAGGAGACUACCCUGAAGAAGUUAUUGAAAGCCUGCAUAGUCGCGACUACAAUUCCACAUCUCAAACAAACUGCGACAACGUUCUUAACUGACGUUUGCCGUCAUUUCACCAUCAUUGAGACUGGUCGAUCCCUCGCACAGUCCCGGCAUAUACGACGGCCCUUUAACGUGUCACUCGGAGAAGGCCCCUUGUAUCUGGAUACAAGAACUCUUGCCGAUGCUGUUGUCGAAUGCCUAGCCUCUGAAGAUCCGGCAGUGCGCGACGCUGCUAAGGAGGUCAUCUUCAAUGUCCGCAGUGCCGCGCUUGUUAUAUUUGGCUCAGCUGAAAAGGCAGGGAAACUUCCGUUCUUCUCUCAUCUUGGUAGAACGCUUUGUCAUGCCUGCCAUGAUGAGGAGUGGUUCACGAAGGCUGCUGGAAGCCUGGGUAUUCAUCUCUUUGUGACUGAGCUGGACUUGGGAAGCGCUUGGUUGGUCGACCGCCAGAUUGAAUUCAUUCGUGCUCUCAUGUACGUGAUUAAGGACACAUCAUCGGAUUUCCCGGGAGCAACUCGAAUCCAAGCUCAGAAGACAAUGGACUUGAUUCUUCAAAAGUGCAACGAAGGGAUUUCUAAAGAUGAGCUGAAAAAUGAAAAAAGCAGGGUCUUAGGUUUGUGUGGCAUCCUGAGCUACGAAUUAUCUCAUAUGAACAAGCACGUCCGCCAGGCUGCCCAGAGCGGAAUAUCAACUCUUGCAACGACUUUAAAUGCGGAAGUUCAUGAGUUGAUUACCCCCGUCAAAGACCGGCUCUUGAUGCCAAUCUUCAAUAAGCCACUGCGUGCUUUACCUUUCCCUACUCAGAUAGGUUGCAUUGAAGCAAUAGCGUACUGUUUAGGCCUUCGACAGAACAUCGUCACUUUCAACGACCAGCUUAAUCGCCUUUUGAUGGAAUCAUUGGCGCUUGCUGAUGUGGACGAUGACGCUUUAGCUGCCAAACCAAAUGAGUUCAAAACUGCUGAGCAGAUUGUCAACCUUCGCGUUUCCUGUCUCCGCCUCCUUUCAAUGGCCAUGGGCUUCCCUGAUUUUGCAAGUGGCCCACAGAGCCAUAGCCGCGCUCGAAUAAUCGCUUGUUUCUUUAAAUCUUUGUAUUCGAAAUCGCCAGAGAUCAUCGACGCAGCGAACUCCGGUCUACGUGACGUCCUCACACAGACCAAUAAGUUACCUAAGGAGCUACUUCAGAACGGGCUGCGGCCCAUUUUGAUGAACCUUCAGGACCCAAAACGCCUGAGUGUGGCUGGUUUGGAUGGACUGGCUCGACUUCUCACCCUGUUGACGAAUUAUUUCAAAGUUGAAAUAGGCUCACGGCUCUUGGACCACAUGAGAGUCAUUGCGGAUGAGAACAUAUUGCAGAAAGCGUCUUUUGGGCUUGUGGAGCAGAACCCUCCUAUGAAAAUUGUUGCUGCCAUCUUUAAUAUUUUUCACCUUCUCCCAGCGGCAGCAACUUCGUUUAUGGAAAACCUUGUCAAUAAAGUCUUGUACUUAGAAGACCGGUUGAGACGGACGUCCAGCAGCCCCUUUCGGAAGCCGCUGCUUAAAUAUCUUAACCGAUACCCUAGGGAGAGCUGGGUUUUCAUGCAGGCUAAAUUCCACGAAGAAAAAUAUGGGAGGUUUUUUGGCCAACUUUUAGCAGAUCCUGAGAGUUUUUCCCUGCGCUCUGCUAUUUUUGCUGACUCGGAAACGUUAAUAAAACUCGCCUUCUUGCAGGAAGAAUCUCCUAGGAAAAAUACAGCAGCCAUUAACGGGAUUUACUUCAUUCACUCAAUUUGCUCUCAUGAUUCUACGGAAGGAUUUUUGACCGCGCAGCCAGAACUCAAACGACACCUUUUAAACAGUGGCCGGGAUUUGAAUUCUAAGCUUCGGGGUGACAAACUGCCCCCCGAUGAGCGGCUUAGAGUGGAACAGGCUCAGGACCAGCUACUGGAAAUUUUCACAAUCCAUCUUUCCCAGUCCCUUGAUGAUCUGGACUUCCUCUUUGAUGUUAUUGAUAAGAUCUCGGCCGGCGACUUGAAAACAACCCUUACGUUACCUAAAUUUUUCUAUGAAUUUAUUAUCACAAACCCAUCCAUUGCGUACCGGAAAUCUGUCAUUUCCCGCUGUUUGGAUCUUUACAACCAGCGUAAUUCAGCUCAGAAGUUGAAGACCUAUGCAUUCCAUUAUCUGGUUAAUCCUAUCCUCGCUAUGGAUGUGAAAAACACAUGGGAUAGUCCUACUCCAGGUACGGGGGUUCUUGAUAGGAGUCUGACUGAUCUUAUCCACAACCGGCUAUGGAAACCACAGUUAGGCGAUCUCAGUGAAGAAUCUAGUCAACCGGGCGUGGAUCACUCCCGUAUGGAACUUCUUCAGCUCUCAGCCCUACUUAUUAAAUAUCACCAUGGCAUUGUUCAAGAAACUAGGAAGGAUAUUAUCAAGUUUGCGUGGAGUUACAUUCGCUUGGAGGACACAGUUAACAAAUAUGGAGCAUAUGUGUUGAUCAGUUACUUCAUUGCUCACUAUGAGACACCCUCAAAGAUUGUUGUGCAAAUUUAUGUUGCUUUGCUGAGAGCUCACCAGAAUGAGGGGAAGUCCCUCGUCACUCAAGCGUUGGAGAUUCUGGCGCCUUCGCUUCCGAAGAGGAUUCUCUCUGGACCAGACCCUCGUUUCCCGGUAUGGGCGAGAUGGCCACGGCGCAUUCUAACGGAAGAAACGGCGAAUCUACAACAGGUCAUGAGUAUAUUGCAAUUUCUUGUUCGACAACCUGACCUAUUUUAUGAGGCUCGUGAAAAUUUCAUUCCUCUGAUAAUACCUUCCCUCGUCAAGAUUGCAGGCCCCAAUAAUUUGUCAUUUGAUAGCAGAAAGCUAGUUUUACACCUAGUCACUCUUAUUUGGACAUGGGAAGAAAAAAGGGUUACUGGGCGGCGAGACCCGGCGUCACCAAAUUCUAUGAAACGAAAAUUGGCUGAUAUGGAGAUGCAAGCAUCACCAUCAAUGAGUACAACACCACUCCCACCAAAAGAGCGUCCGGAAUAUACCAUCCCACUGGACCUGAGGACGCCUCUCGUGAAAUACCUUGUUACAUUUGUGUGUAGUCUUGUUGAUCGCUUCUCUGUCCCUGCAGCUCGAUUCAGAGAACUUUUGCCACCUAAACCUCAUCAUGCGGCUUUAGGUAAUUAUGGUGAGAUUUGCAAGAAAUCAGUGGUUCUGCUCCGUCGUUUCCUUUCUCCGGAGUAUUGGCCUGAUGUGGACAUUGACCUUUACCAGAAGGUCUUAGAACCUAUUUUAUGCGGUGAAAAGGCCGAUAAGCCUGAUGAAAAACACAUCACUGCCAUGAUAAAUACGUUACAAGUUCUACGACUUCUCUUAGCCACCAAACCAAAUAGCUGGAUUCUUGACCGCAUGUCCACUAUUCAGCAUCUUGUUGAAAAAGCAUUGCGAUCCGACAACCCUGAAAUCCAAGACUGUUUACAUGGAGGGGAAGAAAACAUGGACAUUUCUCCAAAGCUGCCACCUCCGAUUAAAAGAGUUUUGGAUGCCUUGCCACAGGAAGAACCGUCAGAAGAAGAAGGGGGCAUGGAUGUUGAUAAGCCAUCUUCUGAAUUUGUGACUUUCCUUUCGACUGUAGCAACUGAGUCGAUCUCGAGCGGCAAUUAUAUGGCAGGAAUCAAUAUUCUUUGGACUCUAUCAAAGUGUCAGCCUGCGGAGAUGGACCAGCACAUUCCCCACGUUAUGAAGAUAUUCUCACAAAAACUUGCGAAGGAUCACGUUGCUGCUUACAUCAAUACGCAAUCUGCUGCAAGUCGGGCCAUGGAGCAACAAAUACAAGUGCCUGAUCCUCAUGAUCUGGAGGUUGGAAUUGAUCUAAUCUCAAAAACUAUUGACCUGAUCGCUGUUCGAAUGUCAAAUCUAGGGGAUCAGAGACGGCCUUUCCUAAGUGUAUUGGCGCAAUUAGUUGAGAGGUCACAGAAUAUUCCCCUCUGUACCAAAAUUCUCGGAAUGGUAGAGAAUUGGAUCUUCCAACCCACCGAAUCCUGGCCAACCCUUAAGGAGAAGACAGCUGUCCUGCACAAGAUGCUACUGUUCGAAUCUAGAGCUGAUUCAACAAUGCUUGGAAAAUUCUUGGAGCUUGUCAUUCGGGUCUACGAAGACCCCAAGAUUACACGAACCGAGCUCACCGUUCGACUGGAGCAUGCUUUCCUUAUUGGUACCAGAGCUCAAGAUGUUGAUAUGCGAACACGUUUCAUGUCAAUAUUUGAUAAAAGUUUAACGCGCUCCGCCAAUACUCGUCUUAGUUAUGUUCUAACCUCACAAAACUGGGACACGCUUGCGGAUUCGUUCUGGCUCACGCAAGCUUCACAACUGGUAAUGGGAUCCAUUGACAUGUCGGCGGCAGUCAAGUUACAUCCAGACGACUUUACGGUUCCUCCUGCAUCAUUCUUAUUUGGACACUCUGAGAAAGAUCCAAGUAAAGACAGUGUUGUUGUUGAUAACCACCUUGAGACUCUGGUGGCAGAACAGAAGAAGUUUUCAGCGGAGCUAGGCGACGUUAAAGCCCGGGAUAUCCUUGAACCACUCACUGAGCUCCAGCAUGCAGACCCUGAAGUUGCAUACAAGGUAUGGGUGAGCUUGUUUACGAUUUGCUGGGCCUCUUUGACUCGAGAUGAGAGAAUCGAUUUGGAAAAGGGCAUGGUAUCGCUCCUCACACGCGAGUAUCAUCAUAGACAGAUCGAUGAGCGCCCCAAUGUUGUCCAGGCGCUUCUCGAGGGAGUAAUUAGGGCUAGUCCCCGUUUCAAGAUCCCUCCCCACGUUAUGAAGUUCCUCAGCCGCACAUUUGAUGCCUGGUAUAUGGCUGCUAUUGCACUUGAACGGUAUGCGAUUGACCCGGUCAUUGAUACACCGGUAGUUCGAGAAAGUAAUUUGGAUGCUCUUGUUGAGAUAUAUGCUGGGCUGCAGGAAGAUGAUAUGUUCUAUGGUACUUGGCGACGACGCUGCAAAUUCGUAGAAACAAAUGCUGCACUGUCAUACGAACAACAAGGAAUGUGGGAUAAAUCCCAGCAGCUCUACGAAUCGGCUCAGAUCAAGGCACGCACUGGUGCUAUCCCAUUCGCCCAAGCUGAGUACUUCCUCUGGGAGGAUCACUGGAUGAUAUGUGCUCAAAAGCUCCAGCAAUGGGAGAUAUUGACUGAUUUUGCGAAGCACGAGAAUUUCAAUGACCUUCUUUUGGAGGCUACUUGGAGAAACCUGGAGAAUUGGCAGGGCGAUACUAAUCGAGAACAAAUUGACUCCCUUUUGAAGUCAGUUUCGGAUGCACCAACACCGCGCCGAACAUUUUUCCAGGCAUUUAUGUCAUUAUUAAAAUUUCACACUAAGCAGGAAUCGUUGCAGGAUUUUAACAACGUUUGUGAUGAAUCUGUCCAACUCUCCAUUCGAAAAUGGCACCAGCUUCCGAAGCGAAUCACUAACGCCCACAUUCCCAUCUUACAAAACUUCCAGCAACUUGUUGAGCUUCACGAUGCCAGUGUCAUUUGUACGAGCCUUUCGCAAACGAAUGAGCGCAACAUGGACACUAAAUCAGCCGAAUUGAAACUCCUCCUCACCACCUGGCGAGAUAGGUUACCUAACGUCUGGGACGACAUCAAUGCCUGGCAGGACCUUGUUACGUGGCGACAGCAUAUUUUCCAGUUAAUCAACUCCACUUAUCUCAACCUCCUCCCUCCGCAAACCAACAAUGUUGCAAGCAACUCAUACGCCUUCCGGGGAUACCAUGAAACGGCAUGGAUUAUCAAUAGAUUUGCUCAUGUCGCACGGAAACACCAAAUGCCGGAGGUUUGCAUUAACCAACUUAGCCGAAUCUACACCCUACCCAAUAUUGAAAUUCAAGAAGCCUUUUUGAAGUUGAGAGAACAAGCAAAGUGCCAUUACCAGAACCCGAAAGAGCUCAAUAGCGGGCUGGAAGUCAUCAAUAACACCAAUCUCAACUACUUCAACGCGCAGCAAAAGGCAGAGUUUUACACGUUGAAGGGUAUGUUUUUGGCGAAGCUGGACCAUACAAACGAAGCGAAUGAAGCAUUUGGUGUUGCCUUAUUCUAUGACUUACGACUAGCUAAGGCAUGGGCUGAAUGGGGCCAAUACAGUGACCAACGGUUCAAAGCUGAUCACUUAGAUAUAGAUCAGGCAUGCAAUGCAAUUAGCUGCUACUUGGAAGCGGCGGGCUUAUACAAGAACCACAAGUCAAGAAAACUUCUUAGCCGUAUUCUCUGGCUAUUAAGCCAAGACAAUGACGAAGGGAAGAUUGCAAGCGCUUUUGAGAGCUACAAGGGAGAUACCCCCGUAUGGUAUUGGAUUACCUUCAUACCUCAGCUUCUUACGAGUCUUGCGCAUCGGGAAGCCAAGCUAUGCAAAGCUGUGCUUGGGAAGAUUGCAAAGCUCUAUCCUCAAUCACUGUUCUUUUUGCUCAGAACUAGCCGGGAGGACUAUCUGGGCCUCAAGAAGUCGCAGGAGCAAAAACAAGAAAAGCUCAAUCGGGCAAAAGCAUCAGGUUCUCCAUCGGUAAAGAGUGGCUCUCCAGAAACCAAACCUUCUCUACUCCCAGACGGUACCGCAACAUCAAGCUCCCCGAGAACCAUAUCCUCCCCCAAACCCGCACCCCCAGUGGCAACAGGUGCACUGCCUCUAAACGACGGCGAUGCAGCUCAAAAGGAUAAGCAGCCAUGGGAGUACGCUGAUGAGACAAUGGCGGGACUGAAAACAGCUUUCCCCCUACUUGCCUUGACCAUGGAAACUAUGGUGGACCAGAUUCACAAAAACUUCAAAUGCCCACCAGACGAAGAUGCUUAUCGACUUAUUGUUGCAUUGCUCAACGAUGGUCUUGCAUACGUCGGCCGUAUGCCCACAUCCUAUGCUCAGGAUUGCAAACUUCCCCAUUCUACUGAAGCAAAUAUCACACGUUUUGCCGAGACUAUCCUUCCUGCGCACAUACGAAAAUCAUUUGAAGCUGAUUUCGUUAUCAAAAAGCCAACGAUGUAUGAGUAUAUUCAUAAGCUUCGGCGAUGGAGGGAUAAAUUUGAAGAAAAAUUGGAUCGUCGACCACAGUUCGCUCACUUGGAAUCCUUCUCUUCCCAUCUUAGUGAAUUCAAGUUCAUGAAAUUUGACGAGGUUGAAGUUCCUGGGCAAUACCUCGAGCACAACGACAAGAACCAAAAUUUUGUCCGCAUUGACCGAUUCCUACCUCACGUUGACCUUGUACGUGGAAUUGGUGUAUGUCACCGUCGUUUGAGAAUUCGUGGCCAUGACGGUAGCCUUCACACGUUUGCUGUUCAACAUCCUGCAGCCCGCCAUUGCCGACGUGAGGAGCGAAUGCUUCAGCUUUUCCGAAUUUUCAAUUGUGUUUUGAGGAAACGCAAGGAAAGUCGUCGACGUAACAUUUACUUCCACCUUCCGCUCAUGGUUCCCUUCGCACCCCAUAUCCGCCUGGUGAAAGAUGACCCGUCCUAUAUUUCUUUGCAGGGAAUAUAUGAAGAUCACUGUCGCCAGACCGGUAUGACCAAAGACGAGCCAGUCCUCUUUACAAUGGAGAAAAUGCGAGCAUUGGCGGAAGCAAAAGCGAAUGUAAGUAUCUUAGGCAACAACCAAAAUUGGACUAUAACUUUGACUGACCCCCCCCAGCGCGUUCCUGAGCAGGCAGCGGUCCUUCGCACGGAGAUAUUUGAUGCCAUUCAGAAGAAAUGGGUACCCAACACAAUUCUCCUGCAAUAUGUCCAGCAAACAUAUCCAAAUUUCGCAGAUUUCUGGCUCUUCCGGCGGCAAUUCUCGUAUCAAUAUGCUGCAAUAGCAUUUAUGACCUAUGUGAUGCAUAUGAGCAACCGAUACCCUAGCAAGAUACACAUCUCUCGACGGACGGGCGAUAUUUGGAGCUCUGAGUUAAUUCCUGCAAUGAACUCUGCAAGAGCUAUAUUCUACAACCCUGAACAAGUACCAUUCAGGUUGACUCCGAACAUCCAAACUUUGAUGGGCCCCUUGACAACGGAGGGUAUCUUCGCGUGUGCCAUCAUGGCUAUUGCUCGCUGUCUCACCGAGCCAAGGCUUGAACUGGAACAGCAGCUUAGCAUAUUCGUACGGGAUGAGCUUGUAAUGUGGGCCAGUGCGCAGCAGCGUGUUCUGCAACAGCUUAAGGAUAUGGUGCAAAGCAACAUCGACUAUAUUGUCAACCGGGCAGCCAGCUUGACAAGUUCUCCAGAUGGCAAUCUCCCUGCGAAUCAAUCGGUUAUUGACCUGAUUUCUCGCUCUGUUAACCCUCAUAACCUUGCGCAAUGCGAUGCUUUAUGGAUGCCAUACAUGUGA